AGUUUCGGCACUGUGUACAAAGGAAUUGUUCACUCAUCAAAUGAAAAUCCAGUUGCAGUCAAGGUACUCAACCUCCAAAGACACGGUGCAUUUAAAAGCUUCAUGGCUGAAUGCCACACCUUGAGAAAUACCCGGCAUAGAAACCUGGUGAAAGUCAUAACUGCAUGCUCCAGCAUUGACUUCAAAGGAAAUGACUUUAAGGCCAUAAUGUAUCAGUUCAUGGAAAAUGGAAGCUUGGAGGAGUGGUUACGUCAAGAAUCAGAAGGACAAAUACAAUGCAAUAGCUUAAACAUUCUUCAGAGAUUAAAUAUUGCAAUAGACGUGGCUUCUGCAUUAUAUUAUCUUCAUCAUCAAUGUGAAAUCCCUGUGGUUCACUGUGAUCUCAAACCAAGUAAUAUUCUUCUCGACGACAACAUGAUAGCACAUGUAAGUGAUUUUGGAUUGGCCAGGCUCAUCCCUAGUUUUUCUGGGGAAGGCAACCUUAACCAAUUCAGCUCACUCGGAAUACAAGGAACUAUUGGAUACGCCCCACCAGAGUAUGGCACGGGUGCUGAGGAGAUUUGUGUAGUUAUGGGAUCCUAUUGCUGGAGAUUUUCACUGGAAAAAGGCCCACAGACAAACUAUUCGAAGACAAUGUGAAUCUGCACCUUUUCAUCAGACUGGCAUUACCAGAUCAAAUAAUGGAUAUUGUUGAUGGAUCCGCUCUCUGUGGAGAAAUGACAUUAGAGGAUGCUAACAAGAAUAUAAGUAGUGAACAGAUCAAGUGCUUGGUUUCUAUUUUCCAACUUGGGCUAGCAUGUUCAGCAGAAACACCACAGGAGAGAAUUAACAUGGAGCAAGUUUAGAGGGAAUUGAUAAUAAUCAGAGACAGGUUUCUGAAGUAACAGGAACACACUGCUAAGCAGUCCCUACAGACCGCUCACAGAAAAGCUUGAUUGAGUUGAUAGUUACGAAUUGUCUUAUGUAUGGCCAAUCUCAGAUAUCAACUUAUACUGUAUUUUACACAUA